GAACGGUACUGAUAAAAAGUAAAACCUAAUCUCUCAAUCGCAGAUGUUCUCCCCUCUCUUGUUUUCUCCAGCGUCCGAUUAAUCUCUCUGGCUUCCCUCCUACGUCCUCCUCCUCCAAUCAAACAACCUCUCUCCACCUGUUUCACUCCCGCCUUUUUUUUUUGUUUUUUUUAUUGCUCUGGGUUUAUCUGAUGUCGGAGUCGCAGGCCAAAAGUCCCGGAGGCUGUGGAAGCCAUGAAAGCGGCGGAGAUCAAAGCCCAAGGUCGUUGCACGUUCGUGAGCAAGACAGGUUCCUUCCAAUCGCUAACAUAAGCCGUAUCAUGAAAAGAGGUCUCCCUCCUAAUGGUAAGAUCGCUAAAGAUGCCAAGGAGAUUGUUCAGGAAUGUGUCUCCGAAUUCAUCAGCUUCAUCACCAGCGAAGCGAGUGAUAAGUGCCAAAGAGAGAAAAGGAAGACCAUUAAUGGAGACGAUUUGCUUUGGGCAAUGGCAACUUUAGGAUUUGAAGACUACAUCGACCCACUGAAAAUUUACCUAACGAGAUAUAGGGAGAUGGAGGGUGACACAAAGGGAUCAGCAAAAGGUGGGGAUGCAAAUGCAAAGAAAGAUGCCCAAUCAAGCCAAAAUGGCCAGUUCUCACAGCUUUCUCACCAAGGCUCUUUCUCACAAGGUCCUUAUGGGAACUCUCAGUCUCAGGCUCAGCAUAUGAUGGUUCCAAUGCCCGGCACAGACUAGUAUGAUGGUUCCAAAAGGGUUAUCUGUAUAUUAUUUGUGUUGUAAGCAAGUUUUGCUAUGCACAACUGUGACAAUAGUCUCUCUUUGUUUUCUUUUUUUCCUUUGUUUUGUUCUGGAGAAGUCAAGAAAUUCGUUUUAACAUUUGGUUUGUUGGUUUGUGGAUUACUUCAUGCAAAAGACUAGAAAUGAGUAAAUUUGGUAGAUAUUAAUGGUUC